AUGACAGAUUUAGUUGACCUUUUUCUUGCUGCUGAUGAUGCAUUUAAUGCAGAACAAUAUGAAUUAGCUAUAGAACUUUUAACAAAAAUAAUAAAUAAAUAUAGUAAUCAAGUAUUAGAUGAUAUGAAAAAAGAAACACUUGUUAAAUUAAUUAAAAUACGCAUUGAUGUUUUUUUUUCUGCUGAAAGAUAUCAUGACGUGUUAAUAGAUAUUGAAAAAUUAAAAAGACAUGGAGUGAAAGUUGAAGAUGAUCCAAAUCUAUCUUCUAUUAUUCUGUAA